AUGCGAGGUAAGGCCUCAGCUGAAUUUCUUUUUGAUGCAGAACCAGAACGAUCGUUACGAGCAAGAAUCAGAAAAGCCAGACACGACAGACUGGAAGCGAUAGAAGAACCGCUGAUAGUUUCUGAUUUUGAGAAAGAGGGAACCGUUUCUAUUCAUUCGGAACACUCUGAUUCUGAAAAUUCAGAUACCGAGUCUGAAACUAUGGCAGCUGCCCCACCUCCUGUGGAGAGACUAUUAGGUGAUUAUGGGGGAGCUAAUGCUCUGCUUGGAAGGAUGACAAUCGUAAAUCAACCAGUCAAUGUUGCCCACUUUCAACUUCACCCCUCAACGAUACGGCAACUAGAAAGGAGACCUUUCUCAGGAAAAAUUAACGAAGAUGCCAACAAGCAUUUGCAAAGGUUUCUGACUAUGACUACAUCGUUAAAGAUUGAGGGGAAUUCUGAGGAAGCUAAGAAGUUGGUCAUGUUUCCGUUUACAUUGUCAGAAGACGCUGAAGAGUGGUUCUACUCUUUACCUGCUGGAAGCAUCACAACUUGGCAACAGAUGGAGACAACUUUUCUCAACGAGUACUUUCCGGCCUCUGUAUACAUCCGAAAGAGGUACGACAUAGUGAAUUUUAAACAAAAGGAAGGAGAGUCACUUGGAGAUACGUAUAAGAGGUUUAAACGAUUGUUGGUUGCAUGUCCUACUCAUAAUACGGAUGCAACAGAGCAAAUGCAGAAUUUUGUAAAUGAUCUUCGGAUGAAGACUAAGCAACUCAUUGACACAGCAGCUGGUGGCUCAACUAACUUUACAACAACCACUGGUAUUAAAAAUAUUAUCGAAGCCAUUGCAGCCAAUGAGCACCUGGAGUUGUAUGACCGUAGUGUUAGUCAAUCCGAAGGGAUAAUUGACCUGAAAUUGGCAAGUCAAGUGGUGAAGAUGGAAGAUCAAAUAGCAGCUGAAGUAGAAAGGAGACUAAAGAAGUUGGCUAUUGAUACUCAAACUGUGGCACAGGUUCAACCGGUUCAACCAACUCAAGCUAGUAAUUGCAAAAUUUAUGGAGGACCUCAUCUUACCGCACAUUGUGUUGCAACCGCACAACAAAUUGAGGAGAUCAAGUUUCUAAGGCAGAACAACCCUUAUUCAAAUACAUACAAUCCGGGUUGGAAAAACCAUCCAAAUUUCUCAUGGAAGGAUCAACAAGGAAAUUUGAAGAACCAACCACAGCAACAACAAUUUCGACCUCAGCAACAACAAUCGUAUCAACAACCUCAACAACAGUUUCAGCAACAGGUACCAAGAAAAGUUGAUUGGGAGCUUGCCAUUGAGAAGAUGGCCGCUCAAAGCUCUCAAUUUUAA